UUAGCAUCCGCCGCCAUGGUAUAAUGCCUCUCUUAGUAUCUGUGUACGCUCAUGAUUUUUCGAUCUUCGCCAAGUAUCUGAAUUCUUUUUGAUAUUCACUGUCUUCUUAACAGGUUAAGUACUCAAGGGAGCCGGAUAACCCCACCAAGUCCUGCAAAGCGCGAGGAUCCGACCUCAGAGUCCAUUUCAAGCGUUAAAAGCUCCAAAACAGCAGUGUCUUAGGCCUGCUAAAAUGGCUGGACUUUUGGGAUAUAGUGGCCUUGGACCCAAGACAAAGAAUAUCGUUGUUGCUGGAGGUUUAACUGCGUUCGUUUUCGGGGUAUAUUUCUACACCAUGAGAGCUGUUGGAGGUUCGGAUGAACUGCAAGUAGCCAUUGACAAGUUUGAAGCGCAGAAAAGCAACAAGGAAUCAAAUGUGUAGGCUUGGAAAUGAACUUUUUUUUCCCUCAAGGAUGUCCUUGUGACCAUAACAACGAGGAAACAUGUUCAUUGGCAAUAAUAUGUUUUCCAUGAACUCUCUAAGAAGAAAUACUAUGUUAGGUUGAUAGAGGGAUAUGUUUUCCCUGUUUAGGAAGUUCAAAUAUUAUGUGCUUUGUAUCUAUCUACUUUGCCAAUUUUAUUA